UACUUGAGAGAAAAAUAUGGUGAACACGAAGUUUUGUUCCAACUCACGCCACAUAAUGAAUUUGAAAGAAUCGAACCUAUUAAUAUUUGGCAAAAUCGUGAAAAUUUCAAGUUUUUCAAACAUACGCCGAUCAGAUCUUUUCACCAGAUCUAGUGAUGGUAAUGCCUGCUAUUGAAAAAAGAAAAUUGUCGGAUUUUAUGGACAUCGUGAAUGGAAUUUCUAAUGGAUCUAUUGAUAAUAUGUCUGCGUAUCUACAAUAUGCUUCCAUACCUCAGUAUCUUCCUAAACUGGAGAAAGACAUUCGAGAAGAGAUUCUCUAUAAGGGUCUCUUAGAAAGGGAAAUGCUAAACAUUUGGCUUAGCGACGGAAAAACUCUUGGAAAAUUGCAUUUUGAUGCACAUGAUAAUUUUCUUUGUCAGAUAAGUGGCAGAAAGGAAGUUAUUCUAUUCGAUCCUCACAACAACCAUCAAUUAUAUGAGGGUCACCUUCAAGCAGCUCGUUUGUCGUAUAACUUUACAACGAAAUCUUUUCAAAGACAAUACUUAGAAGACACCACUAUUCAAGUAUUUUCUCCCAUCGACAUCAAAAAGCCCAAUUAUACAAGAUUCCCAUUGUUCGGAGAAACCUACCCCCUGAACUGUACCCUAGAGGAGGGGGAUGUUCUGUACCUUCCCUCCUUCUGGUGGCAUGAAGUUCAGUCCUUUCCUAACAUUACUGCAGGAAGGAAUCUAGCAGUUAACUUCUGGUAUGAACCGUUUUUAAAUCGAGACUACCCCUGUCCUGAGUGCCAACUGGACGUCAAUCCCAAGUACAGACAUCUCUUGUGAUACACCUUCAAACUUCU